GCGCUGAGUUUUGGGACCACGGCCGGGGAAGCGGGGUCCUUCUCUGGGGCGGUCGCGUUGGCAGCGGAUGCGGGAAGCCGGACUCUGGGCGUCAUGUACUACAAAUUUAGUGGCUUCACGCAGAAGUUGGCAGGAGCAUGGGCUUCGGAGGCCUAUAGCCCGCAGGGAUUAAAGCCUGUGGUUUCCACAGAAGCACCACCUAUCAUAUUUGCCACACCAACUAAACUGACCUCCGAUUCCACAGUGUAUGAUUAUGCUGGGAAAAACAAAGUUCCAGAACUACAAAAGUUUUUCCAGAAAGCUGAUGGUGUGCCCGUCUACCUGAAACGAGGCCUGCCUGACCAAAUGCUUUACCGGACCACCAUGGCGCUGACUGUGGGAGGGACCAUCUACUGCCUGAUCGCUCUCUACAUGGCUUCGCAGCCCAAAAACAAAUGAGUUAGGCUGCAGAGGACUGGUUUGUUUUUUGGCAUAAACCCUUUGAAUUUCCUUUUUCAUUGUUAAAUUAAAAUUUUUUUUUUACUUGGAUGGCUUAACAUUUUUGCAAGAAAAGUAGGAAGAUAUGAAGAUGAUGUUUUGGUUUGUUUAUGAAAUGCAUAUGGCUUGUCAGAGCUCACUCGACAGUUAAAGCCAUUGUUUAAAGAAAUGGUGCUUUGCUCUGUGUUUGUGCUCCUGAUUUCCCUGGAGGUUCUGGAUGAAGGCUGAACACAGGCUUGUUAAUGUCAGUCUGUGUUGAGGACCUCAGGGACUUGAGGUUGCAUUUUUGAGCAUGGGAUGCAGAAGCCUUUCUGGAUUUGGAUGUGGCUAUGGAAAGAACACAGAAGCCAAGGUCAUGUGCGUGAAAUGAGGAGUUUGAGUUAGUCACCUCGGGGAUUUCUUCCAUUUUGCAGUAAAAUGUUAAAUUAAUGUAGCCUGCCUCUAUUCGUUGGGCAGUUAAUUUCAAAGGGGUAUUUGCCUCAUCUAUCUUUAGUGAAAUCUUAUGUGUAAUUGUGUGUAUUUAUUCCACCAUGGGAACAGAGAACACCUGUUUAGUGUUGCACUUUAGACUGGUGUCUGAUUUGUUAAUGCAGCUGUGCCACAAAUUCUCCUUUAUCUUUUAAAAAUGUUAUAGCUUUAAAUUAUGACUUAUUUUGACUGUGGAAUAAAUACAUGAAUGAAAAAU